AUGUUAUCUUUAUCAAUCAACCUUUACCACUGGCUUAGCCUUUCUGUGAUUUUUUGUGUCAGUCUUAUCUCAAGUCUUGCUUUCUUGCUCGCAAGGUUUCAUAGACGCCCCUCCAUCACUUCAAACCCACCACCUCACCAUGCUUCAUCCGAAACCCAACCGAAAAGUUACCCAACUGUGAGCCCAUUGUCAAAUUUUGACUGGAAGACCAAAAAGCCAUUGAAAAUUUGGCCUUUCAAACCCAAGUACAACUUGACAAUGAGCAUCCAAGACGCGACUGUGGAUGAGCUAAUAGAAAUGGAUAAAAAUUAUCUCGAAAGGAUAACUCUGCGAGAAAGCCUGAUAGAGCAAUAUCCCGAUCAAGUGUCCGCCGCCGAUGAUAGCGCCAAACCAGCUAUUGAUGAGUUUUACAUUUGGCUUGUCGGGACCUACCUGCCAACACGAUUUCCACUUAUGUUCCAGUUACAACCCCAGAACGAAAAGUCACAACUGCUGCAUUGUAGUGUUACAGGCAGAGAUUAUUCACUUGAACCUGAUACAAGCGCUAUUGUGACACUGAGACUCAUGGGAGGCCUUGUUGACGAUGAUCUACUUUUUCUUCUGCCUUCAGAAGAUGGAGAUGGAUACAAGCUGAGGGCAUUCGUUACAUGCUUUCCCAACGGGUUCAACACGACAGAGAAGUUGAACCUCAAAUUGAGGGAUAUCCAUAAGCCAGUUCCUCAAUACAAGGAAAAGUUAGAGAAGAGCAUGGACCGAUAUCUUGAUCGUUUGAAGACGGGAAAAUUCAUCAAACGCGCGAACUGGACCAUAACAACGACAAAUAAGCUUUUUACUGCAUCUGGAAAUCAUCUGUAUGAGGGCGAGGCUGUGGCUCAAGAGGAGAUCAACGUUGAUACUGCUCGAGUGCGUUGUGAGAGGCAGAUGUUGCACCGUUUACCAGAAACUCGCGCCAUACUCUUUUCUUUCAAGACCUAUCUCUAUAGCCUCCCUGAGAUCAAAGGCGAGGGACUCGGCGAGGCGCUAGCCGAAGCUAUAGACGGAUUGAAGCAAGGCAACGUUCCUGGUUUCCACUUCUACAAAAGAGCUGCUGUUUGGGGGGAGUCUGCCAAGGCAUAUCUGAGAAGCUAA